CGUUGCAAAUCCAUGGUUCUACCCUCGCACUAAAGCCAUGAUCGAUAAACUCAAAUAGUCCACAUCUUCACAGUAUUCAAUAUCUAUUUGCUUAUCUAUCCACUUUGCCAACUAGCUUUGGCUUGUCUUUCUGUUGUACACUUGAUCCCAAGACGACAGAUUGCGCAAUAACAAAUUAGCGUGGUAAAAGCAACCCCUAGCAUUGCGCAAUAAGUGGCAUGGUGCGAUCAAUUGCCGUUUAGAUUGGCUGACAGAUCUCAAACACCAAGCAUGGUUGCCAUCAUUUCAGUCAAAAAUGGCGAGCAAUAUGGAAACACCCCCAUUCAGCCCGAUACCCAAGCUAUGCGAACUCUACCUCCCAUAAGUUCAUUAGCACAUCAAUCAGAUUUGACCAAUCGUCCCAAAUCGAUUCUGCCGGCCACUACCCCUCGAAUCACGCCGAUACUACCUCACAUUGUCACUACGGCGACCACCACUUCCACAUACCAUCCUUCAUCUCAUGAACCUGUGAUGAACUCUCUAUCCUACUACCCUUUACAUGUAACAUCCACGCCCCACCUUCCAGAUGGGUAUGCAUAUGAUCCCACCAAGUCGCCACCAAGCCAUUUGGACGGAAAAGGCGGUCAGCUGACCUCUGAACAAGUAUUGGCGGAAAAACGACGACGAAACGCAGGCGCAUCGGCUCGGUUUCGUGAUCGACGAAAGCAGCGUGAAAGAGAUAUGACUGAUAAAUGCCAUCAAUUAGAAGAACGAGUAAGAGAGCUCGAAAUAGCCCUUUCGCGCGCUACUGGCCAAAGCGUAGAAGAGAUUCAAGAGGGAGCUCGCAAGCCACUACAUCAACGAAGACGAAGUAGUUCUGUGUAUUCAGAUGAAUCGCAAGACAAAAGUGAUAAUUUCCAAACCCUCGGUGAGCGAGUUUCUGAACUGGAAAAUUUAGUCGGGCGGUCCCGUCGAGAGAAAGAUGCAAGUGUGAAACAGCUGCAAGAGCUUGAGAAAGAAAACGCUUACCUUCGCUCACUGCUGACCCCAGCCACAGCUCCAAUAGCAAUGGCCCCCUCCACGCCGCCAAUGUCAGUUUCAUCGUCCCCUCCCACUAGCAGUCAUAAAAUCGUCCAACAACGCUCGACCAUCGCUGUAGAAGAAUCGUCGUCCAUCGAAGCAAAGAGACGAAAAUUCAGUCAUGACGCUGCUGAGGAUAUCACUGUAGAAUCGUCCUAAAUAGCCCAGCCGUAGCUUCUUUGCUUUGAAAUGUAUAUAAUAAAAAUUUACCCACAUAAAACCAGAACA